ACCGAUGUAACUUCCAACGAAUGCGCUAGUAUAGAGACAAUGGCUAAAAGUGCUGCUAAAAUAGCAUUUUACAACUUCAAGUGGCAGUUUGUAACAUUAGUUUUGUUUAAUACGACACUUAUGUGCGGUGUAAAUACAUUUCUUCGGUCGUACAGUAAGAAUGCGGUAGUUGCUGACGAUUCAUACAUCCCGGUAUCGUCGCAGCAUACAAGACAGUUUGUUUUAUUUGCAAACAAUUUGGAUGGCAUUAAAAAUUUACUUGCAUGGUUGGAGUUACACACAUACGAUACCACGGCCAGAUAUAUGAUUAUAUGUCAAUCAAGAAGUACCGGAAAUUGCGACGAGACAAACGCUCUAGAAGUCUUAUGGCAGCGAAGAAUUGUGAAUGUUAUAUUUAUCAAUGAUGUCUUCAAUAAUGGGUCGAGUGGCUAUUAUUAUCAGUAUGGAGACAAAUGCAAAAAUUCACCGCCAAUAAAAGUGUCCAAUUGGGACUCAUGCGUUGGCACGAAUGAAUCAAGAUACUGUGCUGGAAAAUUCCUUAUUCCAUUACAAAAUAUGUACGAAUGCCCGAUUAUAGUUUCGACGUUCUGGCAGCCUCCUUUCAUGUACAUAAAUGAUGGUGUGCCUUCGGGAGCUGAUGGCGAUUUGCUGAGGAUUAUAAUUGAUGCAUUGAACGCCACUCUUGUACUUAUGGAACCGAGCAGAGGUAGCGGAUGGGGAAAUCUUGACGAUAACGGUUCGUGGGUUGGAUCUCUCGGUGAUCUUUACUACGAUUUAGCAAACUUCUCCAUGGUAUCAGCUAGUAUCACUCAAGCAAGAUACGAUGCUUUUGAACUGUCGAGCUUCUAUUUCACAACGAACAUAGUCUGGAUAACCCAUCCACCAAUACCGGAACCUUCUUCCUUCAAACUCCUACGUCCAUUCAAACCAGAUGCUAGAAUAGCUUUAGGUCUCUCUUUCGUAUUUGUUGUAAUACUAGCUUUAAUUUUUAAAACUAACUUUUGCACUUCGGUGUUUGAAAGCAUAAAUUCAUGCCGUUUACCGGACAGUGUGAUAUUUUUGGCAUGGAAAAUGUGCAUGGGCCAGGCGAUCACCAUAAUCCCUUUGAAAAUGACCGUGCUGUAUUUGAUACUGUUCUGGAUUUGGUACUGUUUCUUAGUGAGGACAUUUUACCAAGUACACCUGAUUAAUUCAUUAAAAACAGAAGUCUAUUCGUCAGAAUUUUCGAGUAUAGAGGACGCUAUUGCGGCGGGUUAUUCUUUUGGCGGAGGUCCAGCCUUACAGGAGUAUUAUGUUGAUUCACCUUCAGUAUACGAUAAAUGGGAAGACAUAGACAUCUCUGGGUAUAAAACGCUAAUGUCAAAUCUGUCGCAAGGAAUGAAAUUCGUUUUAGCUGUGAAUUUAGCAUCGGUUAAAAUAUUUCUUAAAACACCUGGAAGGAAGUUACAUAUUUUACCCCAGCAAGUUAUCUGCAGCCCAAUAGGUAUAUUUUUAAAAAAAAGUUCUCCUUUUACGAUAAUUAUUAAUCGGAUACUGAAACGAUUGUUUGAAUAUGGAAUCCCUCAAAUGAUUUUUAAGAACUACACCGCCUCGGACUUGACAGAUAAAUCAACAGAGGAGAACAAGCCAAUAAAAUUAAUAUAUUGCACAGGUUGCUAUAUUAUACUGUCGAUUGGGUGGAUUGCCUCAUUUAUUUUGUUUAUUAUUGAAUUGUACAUGAAAAGGGAAACAAAUCAGGUCAUUAGGUUUAGAAAUUGA